GUCGCCACUAUCCUUCCUCUUCCUACUACUUUCAAAUUCAAAACCAUCCUCCUCAGAUUAAUUUUCUCGCUACAGCUCGCUAGCUUUCCUCCAAAAGCAAACGCUCAGAUUACCAAAAGAGAGAGAGAGAGAUGAAGAUCCAAUGUGAUGUGUGCGAGAAAAUGGAAGCUUCAGUUUUCUGUGCUGCAGAUGAAGCUGCUCUCUGCCAUGGAUGUGAUUCCAGUAUCCACCAUGCCAACAAGCUCGCAGGCAAACAUAUGCGCUUCUCUCUUCACCACCCCACCUCUAAAGAUUCCGCUCUCUGUGAUAUCUGCCAAGAGAAGCGAGCAUAUCUAUUUUGCAAAGAAGACAGAGCAAUACUAUGCAGAGAAUGUGACCUUAACAUCCACAGAGCCAAUGAACACACCCAGAAACACAAUAGAUUUCUUCUCACAGGCGUGAAGCUUUCUGAUUCUUCUUCCGGGGAUCCGUCUUCAUCGUCCUGCAAUGCCGUCACCACUGAGAAUAAAAGAGUCGAUAAUGGAAGUCGUGAGGCUAGAAGAUCGUGUCGGAAUUCUGACACAAACAGACCCAGAUGGGAUUGCAACGAGAAUUUCAGUUCUUCUAAUUCAGCUGUGAAUUCAGAUAAUACUAUGGUUAGUGACACAGAAGCAGUUUCGACGAGCAGUUUUUCUGAGUAUUUGAUUGAGACGAUACCUGGGUUUUGCUUUGAAGACCUAAUCGAUGCUUCGUUUCCACCUCCCUGUAAGAAUGAGGGUAAGCAUGAUGCCACAUUCGAUGAUGAAUAUGAAGAUGUUGAAGUCAGAAUGUGUUUAUAUCCAAAACUAAACGCAGCAAAAGAAAUCUGGAAAUAGAAGCAAAAUGGCUUCCCCUAAUCUGUCAACUGUCUCCCUCAAUCUC